AUGUCGUCGUCCUCCUCCAACAACGCAGAAGGCGAUUCUUGGUUGAUGCAGAUGGAACUUAGAAGGGAGGAUGUCGAGGGGGCCACGAUGGAGGAGGAUGAAGGAGAUUCGCUUCAGGAACAGCCUCCGGCUUCGGAGAGAGACGAAACCCUAACCCCUUCCCCUCUCCGCCGCCGAACGCGUCCGUCCCGCGCCAUACGAACCCGCGCCGCCGCCCGCAACCAACCGGGGCGUGCCACGUCAGCACCCCGGACACCCACCACCGCGCGGCCCGCCGAGCCCAUCGCCGGCCCCACGGGCCCGUACGCCUCCGCCCCCGCGCGGCUCCCCGAGCCCGCGCCCAGCGCCUUCGUCCUCCGCCGCCGGACCUCGUCGCCCGUCCUCCGCCGCACCUCCACCGACCGCCGACGCCCCGCGCCCGCGCCCGCCGCCGCACAGCGCCUCCACGCCGCCUCCUCCGACGGACCCCGGCGUCCUCCUCCCUCUCCGGCGCCCGUCCUCGUCUCCUCUGGCCGUCUCCUUCGGAUCUCCGGCGAGAGCCGCCCCGCCUCGGCUUCCGUGCCACUAACCCUAGAUCUGGAGAGGUUGAACCCUGAAACCCUCCGUCCCGAACCAAACACCCCUCCAAACGCCGGCCCCGCGGGCCCGUACGCCUCCGCCCCCGCGCGGCUCCCCGAGCCCGCGCCCAUCACCUUCGUCCUCCGCCGCCGGACCUCGUCGCCCGUCCUCCGCCGACCGCGGACGCCGCGCCCUUAG